AUGACAAGUGCUCCUCAACUCAGCAACGCAUCACUCUGGCAAACCAAGGGAUUCAUAAAUAACCAAUGGGUCGACAGCGAAAAUGGCGCUACGUUCCAAGUCACUGAUCCUGGCAACGGCAACAACCUCGGCUCUGUUCCAGAGAUGGGUGUCGCCGAGACACGUAGAGCCAUCGAUGCCGCCGGCGAGGCGUACAAGACCUUCUCCAAGACUACGGCCAAAUCCAGACAAGAUCUUCUCAACAGAAUCUUCGCACUUAUCAGUCAGAAUGCCGACGAUUUGGCCAAGAUUGUCACCGUUGAGAACGGUAAACCACUAGCAGAUGCCAAGGGCGAAGUCGGAUAUGGUAACAGCUUCUUUGAGUGGUUCGCAGGCGAAGCAGUGAGGACAUACGGCGAUGUAGUCCCAGCAGCCAAUCCAGACCUUCGCAAUAUCGUUAUAAAGCAACCUAUCGGUGUUUGUGGCAUCCUCACUCCCUGGAACUUCCCAGUCGCGAUGAUAACGCGCAAAUUAGCACCAGCAAUCGCUGCAGGUUGCACAGCUGUGAUUAAAACACCAGCAGAGACUCCAUACUCUGCCCUGGCUAUCGCACACCUCUGUAAAGAAGCAGGUGUGCCAGCCGGUGUAGUUAACGUCAUUACGACCGACAAGAAUGUCGCUCAAGUCGGCAAGGAGAUUUGCGAGAACGGAAUCGUCAAGAAAGUGUCCUUCACAGGCUCUACACGUGUCGGUAAAAUUCUCAUGCAACAAUCGAGCAACACGCUGAAGAAGCUGUCAUUCGAACUCGGCGGAAAUGCGCCUUUCAUCGUUUUCGAUGAUGCUGAUAUAGAUGCCGCUGUUGCUGGUGCACUUGCAUGUAAAUUCAGAUCAUCUGGUCAGACAUGCGUCUGUGCGAACAGAAUCUACGUACAGUCAGCUGUUUACGCCGAAUUCGCCUCUCGUCUCGCUGAGAAAGUUGAUCAGUUCAAACUCGGUUAUGGACUCGACGAGGGUACGACACAUGGUCCACUCAUCGCUGAGAGAGCCCUUGACAAGGUGCAGGAGCAUGUUGAUGACGCCGUCAAGCGCGGUGCAGAGGUGCUCAGCGGUGGUAAGAAACUCGGUGGCAAUUAUUUCGCCCCUACCGUCCUCGCUAAUGUCCCAUCUGACGCUCUGGUCAACUGCGACGAGACUUUCGGCCCCCUUGCUGCACUUACCAAAUUCGACACAGAAGAACAAGUCGUCAAGCUGGCUAAUGAUGUAAACGUCGGUUUGGCUGGAUACAUGUAUUCGCGCGAUAUCGGUCGCGUAUGGCGCGUGUCGGAGGCACUCGAAGUGGGCAUGAUCGGUGCUAACGCUCCUAUUCUCUCACAAGCAUGCAUUCCAUUCGGUGGCCAGAAGGAGAGUGGUUUCGGUAGAGAAGGUGGUAAGCAGGGCAUAGAGGAGUAUCAAACUACCAAGUUGAUUGCUAUGGGCGGUGUCACUGUGUAA